ACGCGGCGGCGGCGCCUGAAAAAGCGGACCGCAAGAGGUGCCGAGACUGUGAACAAAGAAGAUACCUGAAAAUGACAAAUAAAAGUCUUGAGGAAUCCAUGGGGGCUGUGCAGAGGGGGCUGGCCAAAGUGAUCACAGGAUUGCAGAGCAAAGUCUUGCCACCCAUGAGCCCAAAGGUGGUCACAGAGGAAGAAGUGAACCGGAUGCUGACCCCCUCAGAGUUCCUGAAGGAGAUGUCCCUCACUACGGAGCAGAAAUUGGCAAGCACACGAAUUAUAUGUCGGCCACAGAUCACCGAACUCUUAGACAUGGGAGAAACAACACAUCAAAAGUAUUCUGGAGUUGACUUGGACCAGGCCCUAUUUCAGCCCUUUCCGUCAGAAAUCAUAUUCCAGAACUAUUCUCCCUGUGAAGUCUAUGAAGUUCCGUUGGUUUUAAGAAACAAUGACAAAAUCCCAAGGAUGGUAAAAGUUGUUGAAGAAAGCUCACCUUACUUUAAAAUCAUCAGUCCCAAAGACAUUGGUCACAAGGUGGCCCCGGGGGUGCCGUCUAUAUUCCGGAUCCUCUUCACUCCAGAGGAGAACAAGGAUUAUGCCCACAUGUUGACCUGUAUUACUGAAAGAGAAAAGUUUGUUGUGCCCGUCAAAGCCAGAGGGGCUCGAGCCAUCCUGGACUUCCCUGACGAGCUGAAUUUUUCCACUUGCCCUGUGAAAUACAGCACCCAGAAGAUUCUGCUGAUCCGAAACAUUGGCAACAAAGACUCCGUGUUCCACCUCAAAGCUCGCAGGCCUUUUUCCAUAGAACCAACGGCCGGGAUUCUUAACGUGGGGGAGUCCAUGCAGUUAGAAGUGGACUUCGAGCCCCAGACCGUAGGCAACCAUAACGGGAAGCUCAUCGUGACGUACGACACUGGUGAAAUGGUGUUUGUGCGUCUCUAUGGAGCUGCCAUAGAUGUGAAUAUAAGACUGGACAAGAAUUCCUUGAUCAUGGAGAAAACGUACAUAUCUCUGGCCAAUCAGCGGACGAUAACCAUUCAUAACCGCUCUAAUAUUAUUGCCCAUUUCCAGUGGAAAAUAUUUGCUACACAGGAAGAGGAAGACAAAGAAAAAUAUAGGGUCUGUGACAAUCUGACCAAGGAGGAAAAGCAGGAAACCGACAUGUUCCUGGAAGAGUGCCUCUUGGAUCCUUCGCUCCGAGAACGCCUCUCUAUCCUCUCCCGCACCUUCGAGAACCAGAGGAGGCUGGUGCAAGGAGACAGCAUGCUGUUUCUGGAUCACAUUUUCACCAUCGAGCCCCUGGAAGGCGAUGUCUGGCCCAACUCAUCAGCUGAUAUCACUGUGUACUUUAACCCCCUAGAGGCCAGGCUCUACCAGCAGACGAUUUACUGUGACAUUUCAGGUCGAGAGAUCCGCUUGCCCCUCCGAAUCAGAGGAGAAGGAAUGGGGCCCAAGAUUCACUUUAACUUUGAAUUACUGGACAUUGGCAAAGUUUUCAUUGGAUCUGCCCACUGUUACGAGGCGAUCCUAUCCAACAAAGGCAGCAUCGAUGCCCUCUUCAAUGUGAUCCCUCCAACUUCAGCCUUGGGGGCCUGCUUUGUUUUCAAUCCUAAAGAAGGCAUCAUUGAACCGAGUGGGGUCCAAGCUGUCCAGAUCUCCUUCAGUUCUACCAUCCUGGGGCACUUCGAGGAAGAGUUCCUGAUCGAUGUUAAUGGGUCCCCAGAGCCCGUGAAGCUGACCAUUAGAGGCUGUGUCAUUGGACCUACGUUCCAUUUUAAUGUCCCUGCUCUGCACUUUGGUGAUGUUUCCUAUGGAUUUCCCCAUACUUUGAUGUGUUCUCUCAAUAACACAUCUUUGGUACCCAUGACCUUCAGAUUGCGUGUCCGUGGGGAUGGCGAUGGCCUGCAAAGCAUCCCAAGUUACUCUCAGGAGUCAGACAGCAAGAGACGGUCUUGGGUUAAUACCGAACUAUCCACCACGAAACCCAAAGAAUUCACCAUCACUCCCAGCAGCGGCACCAUACGUGCCCAGGGGUUUGCUGCCAUCAAGGUGACCUUGUGCUCCAACACUGUGCAGAAAUACGAGCUGGCGCUGGUGGUAGAUGUGGAGGGCAUUGGAGAAGAAGUGCUGGCACUCUUGAUUACAGCCAGGUGUGUUGUGCCCACCCUCCAGUUGGUGACCACAGAGGUGAACUUUGGACGCUGCUUCCUAAACUACCCGUAUGAGAAGACCAUCCAGCUUGUCAAUCAUGAUGUCCUUCCUGGAUGCUAUAAGGUCCUGCCCCAGCUGUAUGAGAAUCCGCCUGCUGUCCUGCUCUCCAGCCCCUCCCCCUGCGGGGUCAUCCCCCCCCACAGCACCGUGCACAUACCACUAUCCUUGGAGACCCAGGUCACUGGUGAACACAGAUCCACAGUUUACAUCUCGGUCUUCGGGAGCCAAGACACCCCACUGGCAUGUCAUAUACAGAGCAUCGGAGAAGGCCCGGUUAUCUUCAUACACCCCACUCAGGUUGAUUUUGGCAAUAUCUAUGUUCUGAAGGACACUUCAAGAAUUCUCCAGCUAUCUAACCAGUCCUUCAUCCCUGCAUACUUUCGGGCUCGCAUGGCAAACAAAAAAUCCCUUUGGACAGUUAAACCCAGUAAGGGCAUGGUUCCUGCAGAAGAUGAUGUUCCAUUGACCCUGACUGCCAACCUGGAUGACAUCGUGACAUUCAAAGACACAGUCAUUCUGGAGGUUGAGCACAGCAACACCUAUCGGAUCCCUAUCCAGGCUACAGGGAUUGGUUCUACCAUUGUGUCGGACAAGCCCUUUGCUCCAGAGCUCAACCUGGGAGCACAUUUCAGCCUAGAUAUCCACUAUUACCGCUUCAAGCUGACGAACAAAGGACGGCGCGUCCAGCAGCUGUUCUGGAUGAAUGAUGACUUCCGCCCUGAGGAAAAGCAAAGUAAGAAGGAACCAAUGAAGAAGGGACCUAGUCGUAGCCGUCGCCAGUCCCAGAUCUCCCAGGAACCCGCAGAUACAGGGAGCCCCGUGUUUCAACUUUACCCUGUCAGGAUGGAGUUGUACCCAGGCCAGACGAUUGACGUGGUACUUGAAGGCUAUUCUGCCAUUCCCAGGAAAGUCAAAGAAAAGCUGGUAUGUCACGCCAUUGUCGGAGCCCAGAAGGGAAAAAGCUUGUUGAUAUCCGUGAACAUCAUCUGUGAAUUUAUAGCACCUCUCAUCCAGCUCUCCACCAGGCAGCUCAUAUAUCGACUGGAAAAGAAGCCUAAUACCAUGCUGGAACCUGAUUACCAGCCCUUGACUAUAAAGAACGUCACCACCCUGCCUGUGAACGUGCUGCUCUCAACAACCGGACCCUUCUUCAUAUGUGAGACUGAUAAGUCCCUGCUGCCCGCAACUCCUAAGCCUAUAAAACUGGAGGUCAAUGAAGAGAAAAACCUGCUGGUCAAGUUCGACCCCUCCUACAGAAAUGACCUGAACAACUGGGUGGCGGAGGAAGUCCUAUCAGUUAAGUAUGUGGAGCACCCUCAGGUGGACAACCUGAGCUUGCGUGGAGAAGUGCAUUACCCCAACCUCAGCUUCGAGAUGAUGGAGGUGGACUUCGGCUGCAUCCUGAAUGAUACCGAGGUCAUUCGCUACAUCACCAUCACCAACUGUAGCCCCUUGGUUGUGAAAUUCCGUUGGUUCUUCCUUGUGGACGAUGAUGAAAAUCAGAUAAGGUUUCUCACAGAAAAGAUUCCACAAUCACCAUACAGCGCUUUCACGUCCCAGAUGGAGUCUGUCCCAGCAACCUCAGUUACCGCCAGCUCGCCAGCAGCCCCACCCAUGGUAGAGUCUACUGAGAUGGACUUUAGUGAUUCUAUCAAGACUAUCCUUAUGGAUGAUGAAGCUGGACCUGAAGAAAUCAAAAAGCGCGCAGCCUCCACCGUGAUCUCAGAGGCAAUAAAAUACUGCUCCGCAGAAACAGAAAGAAGCCAGAGCCAGGCGGACUACCCAGAAUCCCUGUGGAUCUUUGAGCAGGAGGAGAUGCUUUCCAUCGGGAUAGAAGAAGUGUUUGACAUUUUGCCCCUCUACGGAGUUCUUCGGCCAUACAGCAGCCAUCAGAUAUCAUUUACCUUCUAUGGGCACUGUGACAUCAUUGCAAAGGCCAAAGCUCUGUGUGAAGUGGAAGGAGGGCCCACCUAUGAGAUAGUCCUGAAGGGAGAGGCCUCCCUGGUCAGCUACUCCUUUGACACCAAGGACAUUAACUACGGACUACAGUUGUUUGACCAUGUCACAGAGCGGGAAAUCACACUGAAAAACAUUGGGAAAGUUGGCUUUGAGUUCAAGGUUCUGACUAACUACCGGUCUUCGCCAAAGAAUCUUCUCCCGGGAGUACCACUUAUCCUGCCUCUGUCGGGUUUUAUCCACUCAAAUAAGGAGCAGGUGCUGAAAGUUUACUACUUGCCUGGAAUACCUGAGGUCUUCCAAAGAAGCUUCCAGAUACAGAUCGCCCACCUGGACCCAGAAAAUAUCACUCUGUACGGAGAAGGCAUCUUUCCCCGGAUCAGCCUUGAUCUGCACAGGAACCUCCGAGGUAAUGAAAAGUAUGAACGCUUCCUGGAACAAGCGAAGAAGAACAUGGAGAAAGAGUAUAAUAAAUAUGAGUCUGUCAAUCAAUAUGAGAUGAUCUCUGAGGACAACACUGAGGAGGAGAAUACAGAGGUAAGUGCUCAUCUCCAGAUGGAAGUAGAGCGACUUAUAGUCCAAGACUAUGCCUUGGAACACCAAAAGGCAAUCUCCUCCAGUACCACAGACGACACCUACUUCAGCAAUCGGAGUCGCCGCAAAAUAGCCAGAGUCCAGCUGCCCGAGUACAUCCUGGACUUCGGCUACAUUGUACUUGGUGACGUCCGAACCCACAUCAUCAAGAUCACCAACACCAGUCACUUUCCAGUGUCUUUUCAUGCAGAAAAGCAUGUUCUUCACGAUACAGGCUUCAGCACUGAGCUAGACCGUGUAAAGAAUCUGCCCUACUGCGAGACAGAAACAUUUGAAGUGAGAUGUGACCCACAAGGGGCUAAUAUUCCUGUGGGGAACAAAGAAGUCAUUCUCCCCAUCAAGGUGUCUGGAGGGCCAACCAUUCACCUCUGCCUCCAAGCCACUGUGACCAUUCCAAGUAUGAGCCUGUCUUGCAACAAAGUAGAAUUUUCUACAAUCCAGUGUGGACAGUGCAUGGUGGAAACCAUUCAGCUUUCCAACACUCUUCAAGUUCCUUGCGAUUGGUUUGUCCACACCCCCCAGCCUACUAACAAGCUGGAUAAGCACAUGCCAAAGUAUUUGAGACGGAAACUACAGGCGGAGAUGAUUCCAAAGACUCGGAUCUUUGAGAUCCAACCCACUUCUGGAGUCUUGGACCCUGGCGAGAGGGCCAAUGUGCAAGUGAAAUUCAUGCCCAAAGAAGAGAAGUUCUACAGCCAAUCGCUGUUGUUCCACAUUGGCCAGAGCAAUCAGAGGCUCGUGCUCCUGGCUCAGGGGCAAGGUCUGGAGCCACGGCUGGAAUUCAGCCCUUCGGUUCUGGAGCUGGGGCCCCUCCUGCCAUUCGCAUCAGGGGAUGAGGCCGAGGUGAUUGUGAGGAACCCCUGCAACUUCCCCAUUGAGUUUUACUCCCUAGAGUUUGACCAGCAGUAUCUCUUAGAGGAGAAGAUCUUGCGACAGCUGAAGGGUUAUGAUUCCUACAACACCCUGCUGCUGCCUCCUCGGAACCCAGGGGAAAAGCUGCCCCAGGAGGUCUACGAUUACUUUAGGGAGAUGAAGAAAUCAAAAGAGGAGCAGAUGAAGGCGAAAUACCUGGAGAAUAUGUCACAGGAGAAUGAAGAAGAAGAGAUGCCAUCAGACCAGGGAACCUCCGCCAGCACCAAGAGGACAUCACUUAGUCGAGGGAUCUCUGUCACAUCCAACCUAGAAGAGCGGCAUCUUAUGACUGAGUCCAAGAGCUACCCAGAUGAGGACGAGGAUGAAGAAAGCCUGGAAAAACUAACGUUCCAAACUGACAAGAUCCAGAGCACAGACAGCCACUCUGCAGAGGAGGUUGGAGAGGUGGAAAGCAACCCCGUGAGCAAGGCAAUCGCACGCCACCUAGGCAUCGACAUUUCUGCAGAAGGCCGACUGGCCAAGAACCGGAAGGGCAUCGCCAUCAUCAUCCAUGGGACACCCUUGUCAGGAAAGACAGCCAACGCCAUCAGCAUGGCCAAGUACUACAACGCAGCCUGCCUGAACAUCGACUCCAUUGUCCUAGAGGCCAUAUCAGACAGUAACAACAUCUCAGGGAUUCGGGCCCGGGAGCUGUGCAUCAGAGCUGCCAUAGAGCAGUCCAUGAGGGAAGCAGAGGAGUCGGCCCAGGAGUCUUCAAUGACGCAAAAUGUUGGGGUACCAGCACGACUCAGCACUGAGAACCUGGGCAAGUUUACUUCAGAACUCACUCUAGUGACCCAGGAAUUUAAACCUGCAAAGAGUGUGCGUGGGAGUGUGAUGGUCCCCAAAGGCAAGGCGGAUAGCCACUGGUCUGGGUCUCAGAAGCAGCAUCAUCAGCACCCAGUUGAAACACCACAGGUUCCCUCCAGCCCUCUCCUCAUAGGGCCCACCCAGCGGCGGCUCAGUGUCAGCGCCAGUGUUGGAGGUGAGACCGGGCUGAUGAGCUGUGUGCUCCCAGAUGAACUUCUUGUUCAGAUCCUAGCUGAGCGGAUACAGCUGAGUGACUGCUUUAGAGGCGUGGUGUUCGAUAGCCUGGAAACACUCUUCGCUCGGAGUGCACCCUCUGCCCUCCUCUGCCUGCUAAAGGCCAUCGGCAGCCGGGAGCACAUAUAUGUCCUCAACAUGGCUCAGGACUAUGUGGUCAUGAAAGCCCAGGAGAAGGCCAAAAAGGAGCUAGAAGAGCGCAAACGCAAGGAAGCUAUUGCGAGGGAGAAGGAGCGUCUCCAAACCCUAGAUGAGGAAGAAUAUGAUGCCCUGACACCAGAAGAGAAAAUCGCAUUUGACCGUGAGGUUCGGCAGGCUCUCCGGGAGAGAAAGAAGAGGGAGCUGGAAAGGCUGGCCAGGGAGAUGCAGGAGAAGAAGCUGCAGCAGGAGCUGGAGCGGCAGAAGGAAGAGGACGAGCUGAAACGAAGGAUCAAAAAGCCUAAGCCAGGCCCUGCGAAGGAGGAGCCACCCCUCAAGAAGUCACAAGUCCCCCCAAACAAGCAGGUUCCCACCACGACUGCCAAGUUAGAAAUAAAGAUGGAAUCAAUAGAAAGGAAAAUUUCUGUCAGAGACCAGCCAACAAAUGAAGACCCCUCUAAGAGAAAGAAACCCACGACCGACAACAACGCAUUUGGAUUUCCUAUUGCCCAGGAUCAAGAGGACAGUGAAGGAGACUUCCCAAAAGAUGCUGACAAGACACUGGCCCAACGGUUUAAAGUCUACGACUUCUGUCUGAAGGAUGUUCAAAACAUCCUCACAUACUGGGACCGCAAGCAAGGGGUCCAGAUGCCUCACGCAGGCAUGGAAGAGAUGCCCCAUGAACCUGACGAUCAGCGCCAGGCUCCUUCUGGUGGCGGCGGGCGCAGGGGCCGCAAGGAUCGGGAAAGGGAGCGCUUAGAGAAGGAGAGGGCAGAGAAGGAGCGCCUGGAGAGGGAGAAGGCUGAGAGAGAGCGCCUGGAGAAGCUGCGGGCAAUGGAGGAGCGGAGCGACGAGGGGGAAGGGGAAGAGGAGCACGAGGGGAAGAAGGAUCUGGGGGUGCCCUUUAUCAACAUCCACACUCCGGACUUUGAAGGCAUAAGUUGGAAGCAUGCCCUGGAGAGUGAGAAGCUUCCCAAAGGAGAUCAGAUCCUGGACCUCCUAGGCCUGGGGUCCUCCGGACCACCCAUUCCAGCUCCUGCCUUGUUCUCCAUCAUCUCUUACCCAGUGAAGCGGCAGUCUUCUGUUGCCACUGAGAUCCUGAAGCACUUUGUGUUUGUGAUUCCACCAAACGAUGACCUGACCCUGCUGGACGAGAAAAAAGAAUUAGAAGGGGACUCUGAUCUCUUCCUCAACACCAUGGUAGCCAAGGCCCAAGAGGAACCAACCUCUCCGUCUAAGGGGAGCAAGCAGAAAAUGAAAGAAAAAUCAGAACAAGCUCGUGAAACUCAGAAGGAAAAACGUCGGACAAACUACAGCAGAAAAGGCCUCUCCGGGGGACCGCCGGGGACUAUCGCCCCGAUGUCUGACAUAGACCAGAACAGCUUCGAUGGGGAGCACUCCCAGGAAAAGUUCAUCAGGCUGAAUCACUUCCGGUGGAUUGUGCCUCCCAAUGGAGAGGUGACCUUGAGAGUGCAUUUCUCCUCUGUUGAUCUUGGCAACUAUGACCAAACGUUUAAUUUCGAGCUCCUUGGGACCCGCCGCCAGUACCAGCUCUACUGCCGUGGAGUCUGUACCUACCCGGACAUUUGCAAAGACCCAAAGGUUGUGUUCCCUCAGAGGAAGAAAGACAUGAAGUUAAAUGAAGUCAUCUUUAAGAAGUAUAUAAUGAGUAUGGAGAAAUUUUACUUUGGGCCACUGCUUUGUGGAAAGUCAAGAGACAAGUAUAAGUCAUCCUUGUUCCCCGGCAACAUGGAGUCCCUGACGAUCCUGAACAAUUCUCCAAUGGUGGUGGAGGCAUACUUCUGCUUUCAGAAUGAUGUGAAAGCGAGCACCUACUUUCUAGAGCCCGUCAACAUGACUCUGAAACCCAAUGAAAAACAGAUAUUAAAUGUGUGGGCCUACCCUACGGCAAUUGGUAUCUUCGAAGACAGCAUUGUCUGCUGCAUCAAGGAGAACCCAGAACCAGCCAUCUUUAAGUUAAACUGCCAAGGAAUUCGCCCAGAAAUUGAGGUGGAGCCCAGGCAAUUGCAUUUUGAACGGCUCUUGCUUCACAGAAAAGAAUCCAGGACAGUAGUUUUCCGCAAUGUCACACCCCUAUCUGUGGCCUGGCGGAUCUCCAGCCUGGAGCACCUUGGCGACGAUUUCACUGUGUCUGUGCUUCAGGCCAGCAUCCCACCCAAGGGAGAGUUUGGGCUGCAGGUGCACUUCCAGCCCACCAAACCUGUCAACAUUAAGAAGGCCAUUCGGGUUGAGGUUUUGGAUGCAGACAACCUUGUCGGUGUUGUUCAGAUCGAAAACAUCUUGGUCUUUGCAGAAUCCUAUGAUAUUGCUUUAGACAUCACCUUCCCCAAAGGAGCCGAAGGAGGUUUGGAUUUUGGGACUCUGAAGGUCAUGGAGGAAGUCAAGCAGCCCCUUCAACUGAAGAACCGUGGGAAAUAUGAGAUCAUGUACAGCUUCUCUGUGGACUCCUUAGGGGUUUUGCCAACAAAUUUAAAUUCCAUGAUCUCAGUCCAACCCAAAAGGGGUUCGCUGAUCUCAGCAGAUAAGCCCACAACCGUCCAGGUGUUCUUUCGUGCCAAAAAGGAAGUGAAAAUUGAGUACCAACCUGUUCUGCGCUGCCAGAUUAUUGACCCCAGCCUCCCAGAAGGUGAAAUUAUUGCCAGCAUCCCCAUUAAGUUUUCUGUGAAUGCAGUGUACUCCAAAUUCACCAUCAGCCCCUCUUCUAUCAUCAACUUCGGGGCUUUGAUCUGUGGGACCAGGAAAAGCACCACCUUCACCAUAGAAAACCAAGGCAUAACCGACUUCAAAUAUGCCCUCUACAGGCUGACAGGGGAGAGUCCGAUCCAUCAAAAGAAGGUAGCCAGCCACGUCAGACACACGAGAACCCGGGAGAGUGAAAGCUUCUUCAAGCCUGGAGCUACUAAAGCAGCCAAGUUCUCGGACACGGUUCAGAAAGACAUGAACAUAGCCAACCAGGCCCGCUUCUCCCAUGGCAUGUUCACUGUAUACCCUGGAUUUGGCUCUAUCCCUUCGGGAGGACAGCAAGUCAUCACCGUGGAGUGCGUGGCUGACCCUGUGGGGAGGUGUGAAGAGUUUCUAGCCAUUGAUAUCUCUGACCGAGACCCUAGAGAAAAUCCUGCCGGCAUUCCUUACACUCUCCUUGCUGAAGCAUGUCUGCCAGCCUUUGUGACUGACAACAGCGUCUUGAUAUUUGAGGAACACCAGAUCUGCACCAGCCCCAACCUGUACCACAUCCUCCAGACCAUACAGAGUGGUGGGUUGUACGUGGAGGACGAAAACAAGUUCAUCUUCUGCAACGUGCUGGUGGGUUAUCAGGCCAAGGCCCGCUUCAAGAUCAGCAAUGUGGGAAAGAUCGCCUGCGACAUCAACAUCAUAGUCAAGCCCAUCUCCAACAAGGCAGCCGCCCGCAUCACUGACAUCUUCGACGUGGAGCCCAACAAGAUGUGUAUUGGGAGUCGCUCGCAUGCCUUCGUCACAGUGCUCUUCACGCCACAGACCAUGCAGACCUACCAGUGCAUCUUCGAGGCUACUCUGGAUGGCUUGCCCAGCAACCUGGCCAGGAGCCGAGGUCUGGUGUUUGAUAUCGUUGGUGAGGGGACCCUUCCUCGAGUGACUGUCAUCCGACCAACUCUAUAUAACCAACAUGGAAACCCCUUGCUCCUGUUUAAGAGGCUUCUGCUGGGCCAUUCAGAGAAACUACCUCUCAUUCUUAAGAACAAUGGCACCAUCCCUGCCCAGCUCCAUGUGGACCUGCGAGACCAACUAGGAGUCUUCUCUCUCAAAGGAAGACCCACCACCUCCUACAUCUACAUCAUAGAGGAAAACAUACCAAAUGAAAAAGUCAAAAAAGCCCACACAGCCUCCCUGGUUGUUUCUCCUGGAGACACGGCUGAAUUCGAUGUCUUUUUCCACUCCAAGAAGAUUGGGAGAAUGACAGGCACCAUCCACCUGUCGGUGAUCAACAACCAGUAUGAGGAGACCAUGAUUCACCUGGUGGGAGAAAGCUACGAGGAUGACAUCACCUUGGACAACAUCCAUGGGCUGACGGGCUCCGCUAGCCUGGAGGGCCCGGAUAUGUCUGAGGUUAUAGAGAUCGCUGAGGAAAGUGCCAUGGAGGACUUGGUGGCAGCUGCCCUGUUGGAUCACAUCCAGUUUGGGUACUGCCACAUUGGGAACAACUACAACGUGAGCUUCACCAUCACCAAUCACAGCCAAGGGAAUGUGAUUCGCUUCGAGUGGCCCCUUUUAGCUACACUGUCUUUCUCCCCACAGGUAGGCCAUCUCCACCCUGGCUGCUCCAAGGACGUGGUGGUGACCCUGAAGUCAGAUGUGCCCAUCAGCCUGAAGAAGAUGACUGUCAAGUGCACGCUUUCCAAGAUCGUGUUUCAGCUCCCUGCAGACCAGGUCCCUGACUGGGAUGACCGCAUGCGCACAGUCAAGUGGGUGGAUGCGCCCCGAAACACACCAGGGAACUUGACCACAAAACGAAAAGUAAUAGAGACAGACCCUGAGCCUGCCCACUUGAUAGUAGAAGAAAACUACCGAGAGCUGCGGAUCCAGAUCAGUGCCAACGUGGACUUUGCGUCGUAUCAGUGCCAUACGAAUGACGUGUUCUUUAAGGAAACACUGGUCUACCAGACCCGAGUGUUUGAGUUUGACCUCAUUAACACAGGACAUGUGCUGUUAGAAUUCAACUGGACCUCGGAAGAUACCUGCAAGGCAGUCAGCUUUGCCAUGCCAGAAAAUCAAGGCUCCAGUCAGAAAGAUCAGCUUAGUCAGGGCACGGGCAGCACCCUGGACAGCGCCUUGGACCACUGGCCAGAAGUCUCUCCGUCACCCUUCUCCGUGGAACCCUCCUCGGGCCUUGUGCCUGUUGGGAAGACUCAGAAGAUCAAAGUGAAGUUCUCCCCGAUGGAUAUUGGGGAGUUCGAGAGCACCCUGUACUGCCAAAUUCCCAACUUGCCAUCAGGAGAGCAAGGCCCCGUUCUGGUCACAAGAGGGCGAAGCGUCCUGCCAUUCUGCCAUUUUGACCUGAAGGAAUCAGACUAUAUCAGUGGUCAUCGGCGCAACCCAGAGCUCCGAGGACCAGGCUCUGGGCCUCUCGAUCCAAACACCCGAGUGAUCGAGUUCACUAGUGUGGGUAUAGGAGGAAAGAAUCUCCGGACCUUUACCAUCCUGAACCCGACCAAUAGCACCUACUCUUUCUGCUGGACCUCUGAAGAAGCAGAAAGCCUGCAGCACCCUCCAGCCUUUGUGUGCCUUACAGAAAAGGGUAUCAUUCAUCCUGAAAAGAAAGCAGAGAUUGUGUUCCAGUUCCUGCCUGCUCACCUGGACAUCACAGAAGCAUUCUGGACUUUCUGUAUCCCGGAACACAAUAUCUCAGUCCCCUUCCUGCUGGUGGGCAAAACCACAGACCCCCUCAUCUCUCUUGACCAGUCACAUCUCAACUUCAGCUCUCUUCUCAUUGGCAGAGAAGCCCGAGAGACGGUGAAGAUUAUCAACAAGGAGGAGCAUGGGUUCAACUUUGCAUUCCAGGAUAACUCCCGUUUCUCCGAAGGAUUCAACAACAGCCUGACCGUGUGUCCCAUGGAAGGCUGGAUCCCACCGCUGUCCAGUUUCCCAAUUGAUAUUUUCUUCACACCAAAGCAAGAAGGAGAUGUGAACUUUAAUCUGAUCUGUAAUGUAAAGAGGAAAGCCCACCCUCUGACACUCAAUGUUAAGGCCGAGGGCUACACUAUGAAUGCAGAGGUCAAGUGCAGGGACCGGACGGGCUCCACUUUCCUCCUGAUGUCCAACCAGGUCAACACCAUCAACUUCUACGAGGUAGAGUUAAAUGAAUGUGUUCAGUGUGAAUUCAACUUCAUCAACACUGGCAAGUUCAACUUCAGCUACCAGGCAGAGCUCUCUGGGCCCAAAGCCCUGUUACAGUACUUGGACUUCACGCCUACUGACAGCAGCGUGGAUGUGGGGCAGUCAGAACCUGCCAACCUGUCUUUCCAACCAUAUCAGAAGUGUGUCUUGAAGGGCCUGGAGCUCAAAAUCAAGAUCAGCCAUGGCCCAACAUUCGUGUGCAGCAUCUUAGGCUGUGCCAUGAGCCCAGCUGUCCAUUUCUCCUUCACCAGCCACAACUUUGGGACUUGUUUCAUCUACCAAGCUGGGAUGCCUCCAUACAAACAAAUCCUCGUUGUCACCAACAAAGAAGAAACAUCUAUGAGCUUAGAUUGUUUAUACACCAACACCCCACACGUCGAGGUGAACUUCAAUGUGGACGUGAUAAAGCCGGGGAAGACACUGGAGAUCCCAAUUACCUUCUACCCUCGGGAAGCUAUCAGCUACCGAGAGCUCAUCCCCUUUGAAAUCAAUGGGCUCUCUCAACAGACAGUGGAGAUCAAAGGCAAAGGCACAGAAAUGAAGAUCUUAGUUCUAGAUCCAGCCAACAGGAUCGUGAAGUUAGGAGCUGUUCUGCCAGGACAGGUUGUGAAGAAAACUGUUUCCAUCAUAAACAACAGCCUUGCCCAGCUCACCUUUAACCAGUCCGUCCUGUUCUCCAUUCCAGAACUCCAGGAAGCCAAGGUCAUCACCCUGGAACCAUUCCACAAUAUCACCCUGAAGCCCAAAGAAGUCUGCAAGCUGGAAAUUACCUUUGCCCCCAAGAAGCGUGUCCCUCCUUUCUCCGAGGAAGUGUUCAUGGAAUGGAUGGGACUUCUGCGUCCCCUCUUUCUCCUUAGUGGCUGCUGUCAGGCCCUGGAGAUUUCCCUGGACCAGGAGCAUCUUCCCUUUGGUCCUGUCGUGUAUCAGACGCAAUCUACACGGCGCAUCCUCAUGAUGAACACAGGCGAUGUGGGUGCAAGGUUUAAGUGGGAUGUGAAGAGAUUGAAGCCUCACUUCUCCAUCAGCCCUGAAGAAGGUUACAUCACCUCAGGCAUGGAGGUUGCUUUAGAAGUAACCUACCAUCCCACUGAGAUAGGAAAGGAAAGUCUCUAUAAAAACAUUCCCUGCUUCAUCCAGGGAGGAAAUCCUCUGUCCCUCACCCUGUCUGGUAUCUGCGUGGGACCACCUGCAAUCAAAGAGGUGGUGAAUUUCAACUGCCAGGUGCGCUCCAGGCACACGCAGACCAUCCUGCUCUCAAACCGUACCAACCAGACCUGGAGUCUGCACCCCAUCUUUGAGGGCGAGCACUGGGAGGGGCCUGAGUUCAUCACCCUGGAGGCCCAUCAGCAAAACAAGCCCUAUGAGAUCACCUACAAGCCCCGCACCAUGAAUCUGGAGAACCGCAAGCACCAGGGCACUCUCUUUUUCCCCCUCCCGGAUGGGACUGGCUGGCUGUAUGCCCUGCAUGGGACUGCCGAGCUCCCCAAAGCUGUUGCCAAUAUCUACCGUGAGGUUCCGUGUAAGACUCCCUAUGUUGAGCUCCUGCCAAUCAGCAACUGGUUGAACAAGCCCCAGAGAUUCCGGGUCAUUGUGGAAAUAUUGAAACCGGAGAGACCAGACCUAAGUGUCACUCUGAAGGGCCUUGAUUACAUCGAUGUACUAUCUGGCUCCAAGAAAGACUACAAGCUGAACUUCUUUUCCCACAAGGAGGGGCUGUACACUGCAAAGGUGAUCUUCCGGAACGAGGUGACCAAUGAGUUCCUGUACUACACUGUGAGUUUCAGGGUCAUCCCUUCUGGCAUUAUAAAAACCAUCCAGAUGACAAGCUCAGUCCGCCAGAGUGCGUCAGCCUCCAUCAAGUUGGAGAAUCCCCUGCCCUAUUCUGUGACCUUCUCUACAGAGUGCAAGCUGAGUGACAUCAACCUACCUUCCCAGUUUGCUGUUCCUGCUAACUCUGAGGGAACAUUCUCCUUUGAAUUCCAGCCCCUGAAAGCUGGAGAAACUUUCGGGAGACUGACCCUGCACAACAGUGAUUUGGGUUACUACCAGUAUGAGCUUGCUCUGAAGGCCUUGCCCGCACCUCCUGAGAAACCUGUCCACUUCCAGACUGUUCUUGGCAGCAGCCAAAGCAUUUUAGCGAAGUUUACCAAUUAUACCCGACAGAAGACAGAGUACUACUGCAGGACGGACUGUCCCGACUUCCACACGGAGAGAGUCAUUAAUGCAGCCCCAGGAGCCCAGGGCGGCACUGAGGUCAGCGUGGAAGUCUUCUUUGAGCCCAGCCACCUGGGUGAGACCAAAGGCAUCCUGAGCCUGUCGUCACUCAUAGGUGGUGAAUACAUCAUCCCACUCUUCGGAAUUGCCCUGCCUCCCAAGCCCCAAGGCCCCUUCCUAAUCAGAGCCGGAUACAACAUCGUCAUCCCCUUCAAGAACGUCUUCUUGCAUGCUGCAAACUUCUCCUUCAUUGUGGAGAACCCAGCCUUCACCAUCCGGGCUGUGGAUGCCGUGCGGCCCAAGAAGAUCAACAACAUCACAGUCUACUUUGAGGGAAACCCAUCAGGCAGUAAAACCCCUAUCACUACCAAGCUGAUUGUCACCUGCCCUCAGUGUGAAGGCACUGAAUCUGGAAUCAAAUGGGUUUAUUAUCUGAAAGGGAUCACCCCGUAAGUCAAAACUUUAUCAGCUAGUGCCAUCUUCUCAGGCCACAAGCCGUGUACUGUGCCAUCCUAGCAAAGACUAGAGAAGAAUGUGGGGAUUUCUCAAGGACUUUCUUAUAUGUGUUCAAUUAUAUAGGAAGUUAUUUCUAUAUUAUGUUUUACAAAUGCAGAUAUGAAAUUUAUGCUCCACAUUAACAUUUAUAGUGACACAUAAAGAUCUACAUCUGGGCGAAAUGAAUCAGUGGCAGGCUCUAUAGUUGUGUUUCCCACAGCUAAACGCUCUGCCAUGGUUCCAGUUCGUAAGGAGACACAGGUAUCCCGCUCAUGGUCUUCACACGGCACUUACGAGUGUCCAGCGGAGGUGACUGCUGAUUCUCCUUCAGAUGUCAUCAGCCCCAGAUAUGACUGACUCUAUUUUGAUGUGACAUCAUUUCUGCUUUUUCUUAAAAGCUAAAGAAGUCAUCGUCUACAGAGUGAUGAACAGGUCACAUGAGGGCAACUCAGGGAUGCUGUCCCUUACUGUUUCUCUUGUAUUCUAUUCCAUCAGCCUCCAGAUCUCAUUUCUGUUCACGGCAGGAGGUCAGUCCUCAUUGGGCUUUGGAUCCUGGAGAAUGCUAAUGAAGACCCCACCUCUGUCUUUCUUCCCAGCCCUGAGUACAGCAGUCAGCUGGAGGUCACUGGUUCUCUGUUCAUCUCUACACACAGCUGCCUGAUUCUCACCCAAAACCUACCCUCCCCCAAAUACUGAUUGAAUUGGGCUGGAGUGGAGUGAGAUUGCCAUGUAGUCUUAUGAUAUGAAUAUAUACACACAUGACUACAGAGUGAGAACCAGGACCCCACAGCAGUCAUCCCUUUGUGUUACUCCAUCUCAGUCAGGAAUCACUCCCUGGUAAGGACAUUAUCCCAGUUUUGUAUGUUGAAACUGCAACUAUGUCACAUGCUCUUAAAGGGUGGCUGUCUAGGUGUCUUUCCUGCCCACAGGAAGCUCCACCUGCACAGAGACGUGGAGCACCCGCCUCAACCCAAAGACCUGACUCCAUACCCACCUCUUUACCCCGGGGCUUCAUAGUGUAUAUUAUUAAUAGGACCACUGACCUACAGGGGCCAUUGUUAAGUCAAUAUGGUUACACACUAGCUCUGCAGUAGAUUCGCUUCUGCAGACACUAACCUCUCACUAAGUGUCCCCCUGCUUCCACCUCUUUCCCUUUUCCUAUCCUAGGGAACCCACCAGCGAGAGAGAGGAAGUAAAAAAGCAGAUGGUCUCUAAAGAACGAAGUCUCUAAAGAAGAAGAUGUCUGAAUGGUCCCAGGACCACGCCCGGGAGUAGCAUCUGGGAAGCUGCUAAAGACCCACAUUCUCAGUAUCUGUGGAAUACAGUCCAGCAAUCUGCUUUUCAAUACGCCCAGUAACCUGUUAUAGGCUCGGA